UUUCUCUUAAUCCACUCUGCCGGAUAGACCAUGGCCUAGUAGUGUUAAAGUAACCUGGUAGUGUUACAGUCACCUGGUUGAUCCUCAUCUGGAGCAACCAUGUGAUUUACCUUUACCUAAACGUUUGUUACUGGUCGGCACAAUUGCACGGUUGAAGGGUAAUGAGACGCUUGCUGAGCUGGGUCACCAGUGCCCAUAAAAUUAUCCGGACCGUUUGGCUGACCGUGUCCCCCCUCAGGCCAAGAAACACCUCUCACCUGCUGUGCAUCUCGUCUUUGCAGGGAGACAGAGUUUGCAAUGGGACGCACAACAAGAAGGCUCUGCUUUCAGACCCUCAGCUGUUUGAAGACCAGUUUGAGGAGCUCGUCACAGAGCUCACAGAGAGAGACUUUACAGAUCCCGUGCUGGCAGACGCAUUGAAAAGACUGAGAGAGGUUUUGGUAUACAACACUCCUGGAGGAAAGAGGAACCGAGGCCUUUCUGUGAUUGGCUCACUCAGGGAGCUUGUCCCGCCCUCCCAGCUUACCCAGGACACAGUGCAGCGGGCUCUGUUGGUCGGCUGGUGCAUUGAACUGCUUCAAGCAUUUUUCCUCGUGGCAGAUGACAUCAUGGAUGGAUCUGUCACUCGGAGAGGGCAACCCUGCUGGUACAAGAAGGAUGGAAUAGGUCUGGAUGCCAUUAAUGAUUCCUUUCUGUUAGAGGGGUCGAUCUACAGACUGCUUCGCAGAUAUUGCAGAGAUCAGCCCUACUAUGUUCACCUCCUGGAGCUGUUCAACGAAGUCACUUUCCAGACAGAACUCGGUCAGGCUCUGGAUCUCAUGACUGCUCCACCCAGACAAAUUGACCUCAACAGAUUCACCAUCGAAAGGUAUAAAGCAAUCGUAAAAUACAAGACUGCCUUUUAUUCAUUUUACCUCCCAGUGGCAGCUGCAAUGUAUAUGGCAGGAAUCAACAGUGAAGAAGAGCACAGCAACGCCAAGCACAUCUUACUUGAGAUGGGGGAGUUCUUUCAAAUACAAGAUGAUUACUUGGACUGUUACGGUGACCCUGCUGUGACAGGAAAGAUUGGCACAGACAUUCAGGACAACAAAUGCAGCUGGCUGGUAGUGACAGCCUUGGAAAUCAUGACUCCUAAGCAGAGAGAAGAGCUAGAGGGAUGUUAUGGACAACAUGAUGAAGCCAGUGUGGAAAAGGUCAAAGCACUGUACAACAGCCUGCAGAUUCCAUCAUUGUACCAAAAAUAUGAAGAGGAAAGCUACCAGCGCCUACAGAAACUCAUCGCCAGCCACGCACAAAAUCUUCCUCACUCUGUUUUCCUCAAUUUUGCCCAAAAAAUCUACAAGAGAAACAAGUGAGAGGGCUUGCUGCUUUGUAGAAAAUAUGUUAACAGCAUCAAAUACACAAGUCUGGUGACUCUUAUGAAUACGCACAAUCAGGUCCUCUCUUAUUUAAAUAAAGUGUUUCAGGCUUCAGCAGUGUAACCCAGUCAGGACUUUGUUUAAUAGACGAUGUCCUCUGUCAGAGGAAUCUGACUGAUAGAAGGAUAACUUUGGAGUGAAUCACAAAGGGUCUGAUUUAACUUCAGUGUUUGCCUGAACUGAGGAACACAUGAGAGGGAUGAUAGGUUAAUGUUUUUUUUGAUUGCAUAAUAAAUGGGUGAAUGCUGAUGGCAGAGGACAGAUGAUGAAAACUGACAAACUGUUCCAUAUGUUUUAUAGUGUUUAAAGUCCGUACUAGCCAAGAAUUUAUUGCUUUUAAUAAAUAAUAUAUAGUGUAU